CAUCCGCCGCUCGCUGCAGGGAUCAAAUCUGCACCAUCUGACGCUCAAGGAUUUAUGGGUUUAGUCAAAAUUGCUUUUCCCACUGUGGAGAUUAAGCACCGGAGGACGUAGAAUGUUUUCCACCCAGGCUGUAGAAUAAACCAGUGUAGCUUUGCUUUGCCUUGCUGCUUUUUUUUUUUUUUUUUUCCUCUCAGUCUUUCAACAUAGGAGCUAAGAAGCUGGCUGAGGGAAUGCCUGAGGAAGUAGUUGGAGCCCAAGAGGGGAGCACGUUCUGAUUGACUGGAGAGAGAGAGAGAGGUCCGUCCUCCGGGGAAUGUGAGCCAUGCGGGUGGAUACUGUGCUUGUGUUCUUCAUCUGCGUCUGCCUGGUGGGCGCCGCCGGGAAGCUGGCUCGGUCGCAGGGUCACAAACUGGAGACCUUGAAGGAAAGCAGGGUCGCUGGGGAGCUGGAGCCUAUCCCAGCUGACUUUGGGUCCCGAAGAGAAACAAGAAUGGAUGGAGGUUCAGGUCACAAAACAGGAAGCCCGAUCUACAAGAGAAGCCCCGACAUGACAAAAUCUCUGUUGACAAAAUCGGAGCAGCUUCUCAGAAUAGACGACCACGAUUUCACUAUGAGGCCAGCAUUUGGAGGUCCUCCCAUUCCAGUCGGAGUAGAUGUUCAGGUGGAAAGUUUGGACACCAUCUCUGAAGUGGAUAUGGACUUCACUAUGACACUCUAUCUGCGUCACUACUGGAAGGAUGAGCGUCUGUCGUUCCCUAGCACCAACAACCAGAGCAUGACUUUUGACAGUCGCCUGGUGAAGAAGAUUUGGGUCCCGGACAUGUUCUUUGUCCACUCCAAGCGCUCUUUCAUCCAUGACACCACCACAGACAAUGUCAUGCUGAGGGUUUAUCCCGACGGCAACGUCCUCUACAGCCUCCGAGUCACAGUCACUGCCAUGUGCAACAUGGACCUCAGCCGCUUCCCUCUGGACACCCAGACUUGCUCACUUGAGAUCGAAAGCUAUGCGUACACGGACGACGAUCUGAUGCUUUACUGGAAGAAAGGCAACGAAUCCCUCAACACAGACGAAAGAAUAUCCCUUUCCCAGUUUCUCAUCCAGAAAUUUCACACCACCACCAAGCUGGCUUUCUACAGCAGCACAGGCUGGUACAACCGCUUGUACAUCCACUUCACCCUGCGGCGCCACAUCUUCUUCUUCUUGCUGCAGACCUACUUCCCCGCUACACUCAUGGUCAUGUUGUCUUGGGUGUCCUUCUGGAUCGACCGCAGGGCCGUACCCGCCAGAGUCCCCCUAGGCAUCACCACUGUGCUCACCAUGUCCACCAUCAUCACCGGGGUCAACGCCUCCAUGCCGCGGGUCUCCUACAUCAAGGCGGUGGACAUUUACCUGUGGGUCAGCUUUGUGUUUGUCUUCCUGUCGGUGAUAGAGUACGCCGCCGUCAACUACCUCUCCACGGUGCAGGAGAGGAAAGAGAGGAAGCUCAGAGAGAGACUGCCCUGCACGUGCGGCAUCGGCAACCCGGACGACAUGAUGAUCGACCCCCAGAUCACCGGAUACGGCACUGUGGACAUCAACACCACGGGGAACUACGGCAUGCCGGAGAACGGCGGGCGACAGGAUCGGAUUCUGGCUCAGGUGGCCCUAAACGACCCGCAACUCACGGGCCAGGUGAAGCCCUCCAGGGGUUACGUGAACAUAUGGAUCGACACGCACGCCAUAGACAAAUACUCGCGCGUGGUCUUUCCCGGCGCUUACAUCCUCUUCAACAUCAUCUACUGGUCCAUCUACUCGUAAGGUGCACACGCAGGAGCGUCGUCACAGCCGGUGGUGAACUGCACGGUAGGGCGCCGAGCUGAGAAGAACUGACACUUGGAGGACUUGCUGGAAACACCACUGGGAACAAGGACCGCCGCCUUCUCAACAACAGCCUCUCACAACUGGUGACUUGCACUGGUUCCGAUCCAUAUGCACGUGUGUGUGUGUGUGUGCGCGCGCGCGUGUGUGUGCGCGUGCUGUCAUGCUGUGACUGUUGUGGCGUUCACGGAAAGACGUUUGCUGUCGCUUGAUGUUCGCCUGCUAUGAGAGGGGAGAGCAGCACUUUUUCAUAAAGUGCUCAAGGGAUGAACAGAUGCAACUGCUGCACAAAUAUGUUUCUGAUUAUAUAUUAUAAGCAUUAAAUGUUUUAGGGCUUUUUUUCAAUGUUGCUCUGAGGUUUUUGUUUGAAAAAGGUAUCAUUCACAGAUGGACGGCACUAAAUUUCCAAGCUUUUUGCCUAUGCCGUCUAAUGUGGAUGUAGCAUGGAUGAAGAAGGGCCCGUUUUUCGCUGCCAGCAGCAUUGAUUCUUCUUCUUCAGACAAAUAACUAAUGUGGGUAGAGUAUGGUGUCAAAGUUUAAUGAUCAAUUAAAGGAUUCAUCCAUCCAUUUUCUGUAACGCUUAUCCACACUAUGCUCGCGGGCGUACUGAAGCCUAUGAAAAAAGCUUCUUUACAGCAUUGCAGCUUUAAUCAUCAUAAUUUUUCUAAUGACUUCGUCCCCUUUUUGGGGACCUGACUCAUGUGUAACCUGGUGAAAAUGCAUGUACUGUAUUUUAAGGGCACCUCAAAGUAACUCCCCGAGGUCACAAUAGCGCCCUUGGGAAGUUAGAAAAUUUUUUUUUUUCCUGUUGCCAGUUUUACUGAUCAACAAGAAAUUGGGUGGACAUGUCUAUAAUAGCAAAACACAAGAAAAAGUCUCAAGGACCCAUGCCCAAAAUUGAACAAUCUGCAAUUUGGGGCAAAUUCCAGGGCUCAUACUUUGAUGAACUCUAGCCAUACAUUUUCUAUUGUGCAUUUCCUCAUUUAGGUUACGGGUGAGCCGGAGUCUAACCCAGCUGACUUUGGGGCGACAAGUGGGUACACCGUGGUUUGGUCAAUUGUGUGGCAGAUAUAAACAAAGCACCAUUCACAUGUAUGGAAAAUUUAGAGCCUGUCCGCAUGUUUUUGGGAUGUGGGCGGAAGCAUGUGAACAACACAAACUCUACACAGGAGGGCCUGAGCCGAGAUCUAAAUACACAACCUCUCGACUUUGUGGUAGAUGUGCUAACUGUCGAAGUUUAAUGAUCAUUUCAAGGGGUUGCAGUGAAAGAGUGAGGUUUAUCACCGCUUGUAGCAUUAUUUUCUUUUUAGAAUUGCCUCGCAGAAGGUUCCAAACCCCUGAAUGAGAACGUUGAUAGGCACUACAUCACCUCUUUCUGCACACUUGCCAAUCAGUCACACAACACUAAACCUCCUCAUGACAAUCAGCACGUGAAAUAUGACUCGAUGUAUGUUUCCUUGUGUGACUUUUGUAUCAGUGCUGUGAAGCUACCGCAUUGCAUCUUUGUGAUUGGACAAUGUUUCGUUAAAAAAUUAUUACAAUUGUAAAAAAAAUAAUAAUAAUACAACACACACACAAAAGAGGGAAACACUUGCUGAUGUACUCACUCAUUAAAAUGACUUUAUUUCUUCUUUAUAAUCCAAGGACAGCUUGUGUUCUCUGUUGGGUGUUGUGAAGCUUUGAGGUUCACUGUGAUCCUGCCUAGAUGCUUACACUCAAAACAUACUUUGCUGGUUUAUGAAUAAAUAAUAAAUAGAAAUACAGGUACAGUAUUAAACAUUUACUUUGACAUGGCACGUGUGAGAUGUUGUGUUACAAUGUUUUUGUAGAAAUGCUCAUUAGGGUCACGGGUGAGCUGGACUGUCUCCCAGCUGACUUUGGGAACACACUUGAUUUAGUUUACACCUAGGCACAAUGUAGAGUCUGUAAUUAAUCUAACAUGCACGUGUUUGGAAUGUGGGGAGAAACCGGAGUACCUGGAGUAAGCCCAUGCAACAUGCAGUGAAGCCAGAAGCCAAAGAAAUUGUUUCUGUUGGUCCAGAAGUAUUAGGACAAUCACAGUGUUAUUGUGAUUUUGCCUUUAAACACCACCACAAAUUGAUUUGUCGUAGAUACGGUACAGUAAAACAAUCAACAUGUGACCAAAGUGUAGAUUUUCAGCUUUAAUUUAAGAAGACUCACAAACAGUGUAAGGGUAUGGCAGAAUGACAGCCAUUUUAUGUCGGAGUAAGUUCCUUUUAAGGUAGAAGUAUUCGGACAAAGUGACACACAAAUGUGAGUAGAGUGCAUGUAAAAAGUCUACUUAGCUCUGUUCAAACGCCAGGUUUUUGUGAUUAGACUUAGAUUAGACGAAGCUAAAUCAUUUCAAAAUCUUUCCACCAUUAUUGUUCCCUAUAACCUGUACGACUCACUUAGAAAGGAAAUAUUUUAAAGAGGGAAAGUGAAAAUAAACAUCUGCGAUUGUGUUUGCACAAGUGUGCACACCCACUUGUAACUGGGGAUGUGGCUGCAUUCAGAAAUAACCAAUCACAUUCAAACUCAUGUCAAUGGGACUCAGCACACACCUGCCACCAUUUGAAAUGCCCCCGAUUAAACCAAACUAAAGUUCAGAUGUUUUAGUUGGCUUUUCCUGACAUUUUUUGUUGUCACACCUUACAGCAAAAGCCAUGAUCUGCAGAGAGCUUUCACAGCAUCAGUCAGGAGAAGGGUACAAAAGAAUUGCCAAGGCAUUACAUGCACUGUGGAACACGGUGAAGACAGUCAUCAUUAAUUGGAUGAAAUAUGAAGUGCACGUCCCUCCAAAACUGAAGAAAAGACAAGAAAUCUCAUCAGGGAAGAUUUCCAAGAGGCUAACAGCAACAUUGAAGGAGCUGCAGGAAUUUCUGCCAAGUACUGGCUGUUUAGUACAUGUGACAACAAUCUCCCGUCUUCUUCAUAUGCCUGGGUGAUGGGCUAGGCUAGGGUGACAACAUGGAAGCUUUACAUCCAAGCCCGGCUAUAGUUUGCAAAAUCACACUUGAAAUCCCAAACGCAUGUGGAAAAAUGUGUUAUGGUCCGAUGAAACAAAGGUUGAAGUUUUGGUGGAUUGCAACCGCAUCGAUCACCUCAGUUGUUUAGUUUUACGUGCCGGCUUUACAACAUUGUAUUGUUUUUCACUUGAGUUGUACAGGUUAAAGUGACAUUUAACGGUGGAAAACGUUUUUGAAAUGAUUUAUCUCAGUCUAUUUUUUUUUAUAUCACAAAAAAACGUGCAUUUGAAUGACCGUGUAGACUUCAAGUGUAUAACUAUUAUUUUCAAUACUUGAAAAUGAAAGAAUGAAUGAAAAUGGUUUACAGUCAGUUACCUUCAAUUUUGUCUUCAAUAAGUAAAAAGCAUUCUGUACUCUAUUGACUCGGCCACUGAAGAAUAUUCAAUGUCAAUUGCCUUCAAGUGCAUGAUGAGAGAUGGUUUUCUGGAAUGGAAACAAAUCUGCAGAGGCUUGUUGAAAGAAUCAUCUCGAUAUUUUCUGAAGGAAAGGAAUUUAUAUUUGAUCGAAUGAAAUUGGUGACCUGUUCUUGUUAGAAGAGCAUGUUUUUCAUUUACUAAAAACAAAUAUGAAAGAAGCAAGAGCCACAAACAAGAAUCAAGCGAAGGUGCUGCAGUGAACAAGAUGCCUGUGGGCUCCAGACUUCUAUUGAUGUUCAUCCAACUAUUAAAAUUGAUGGUUUUAUUUACAACUGUGUCAAAUGUCAACUUUCUUUGAGCCCCUGGAAAUUGGAAUCCUCUGAAAAAAAAUUGGCUUUCACACCUAAAUGGUAAAUGUUAUGUUUUUGUCAAACCUCUCAAAUUAAAGCUGAAUGCUCCUUUUGCAUCAUUUCAAAUCCAUUGCAUUGGCGUAUGAAUCCAAAAUCCUAAAAACUCCGCCACUGACAUGACUUUUUUCCUUUCCUUAUAACUGCUUUUAAUGUUGUGUAGUACGCUGUAUUGUCAUGAGUUCUCGUCAGUACUCUUGCUUCAGUUUGGCCGCAGCAAAGUCCUCUUUCACUUGGCUCAGCGGAUGUGGGUCGCACACUACAUCUACAGCUGUCAUGGCCAGAGC